AUGCUCGGCUGCACCCAUCCCCAUUCCACCCCUUCCACCUCCUUUCCGCCAACCCCGCGUCGGCAGUUUGUGUUUCGAGGGUCGCAGGAGAAGUCGACCUCCAGGCGUAGGACUAUCGAACUGAAGACGGAUGGGCGGCGUAGUGCUCGGCCGUUGCUACCGAGCAACACGACUAAAAGUAGUUUUAGUGAUGGUCUUAACACUCCAAUCAAUGCCAAGACAUCGAAUAACCAUGCGAUACAUAAAGAAGUGGCUCAAAGAGCAAAGCCUAAAAGCGGUACUAAUGAGGUUCCUGAGCACGCAUCGCGUAAGUCAGCUGUUGUGCAAACAGUCGUUCAUAUAACGAAGUCCUCUUCCACAAUGCAUCGCACAGGCAAACCUAUUGUUAGAAUGAGAUAG